CUUCUCUUCCAUGGACUUCUUUCUAGGGUUAAACUCUGUAAGCAAAGCUGCAAUGUCUCCUUUUAUAAGGAAAAAAACCUAGAGUCGUAAAUCAAUGAGCAACAACAAUGGAAAGAAACCGAACAGGGUUGUGCAACUAUCCGAUGCCGCUCCUUAUGUUCUCCCAUACCUAUAUCCGGUGGAGCUAUCCGCCAUCUCGCUAACCUGCAAGACACUACAUCUCUUAGCCAAAUCCGUUACCGCCGUCCGGUCAUCCGACGCCUGUAGGAACUCCGAGAAGCUCCCCAUUCCUUUCGCUAACUCCACCGUGGACAAUCAUCCAUAUGCAUACUUCAUCUAUACUCCGACUCAAGUCCUAAGUUUCUACGACGACCCACCCCGCCAGCCGUGGGGUUUGUAUCCUCUCCAACGACGAGACCUAGGUUUGAUUCUUCCUCCGACGCUUGAGGAUGGUGCUAGGUGUGAAUGCGAUAGAUGCGGUAACGAUUCGGCGGGGUGUCCGUGCUCCAGGCAGAACUUUUCCGGGUUGAGAUGGGAAUGCGGGUCGGGUUGCAUUUGCGAUUUGGAAUGUUCUAACCGAGUGUCCCAGAGAGGUAUAUCAAUCCGAUUGAAGAUCGUUAGAAGUCCGGGGAAAGGUUGGGGCUUACAUGCGGAUCAGUUUAUUCGAAGUGGAGAAUUCAUUUGCGAAUAUGCAGGUGAACUUUUGACAACAAAAGAAGCAAGAAAGCGUCAAGAAAUAUAUGAUAAACUCAAAUCCACAAACAAACACACAUCAGCUCUUUUAGUUGUGAGAGAACAUCUUCCAUCCGGAAACACAUGUAUGAGAAUCAACAUUGAUGCUACAAAAAUUGGCAACAUUGCACGAUUCAUAAACCAUUCUUGUGAUGGUGGGAAUCUUUCAACAGUUUUGGUAAGAAACUCAGGUGCUUUACUACCUCGCGUGUGCUUCUUUGCAUCCGAAGAUAUAUUAAAAGAUCAAGAACUCACUUUUAGUUAUGGAGAUUCGGGUUUGAAUCCAAAUGGGUCAAAGUGUUUUUGUGGCACCAGUUGUUGCACAGGAAUCAUGCCUUCUGAACAUACAUGAUGUCAGCAAGGUAUGACAUUUUCUUGAAAACAUCACAGAUUCUUCAAGAUUAUCAAAUGAUUUUCUUAUAUCAAGUUAGUGUAGGUAUUUUUUGUAUGGAUAAAGACAUAAAGUGGUUGAAUGUGUAAAUGAUGU